AUGGAAUAUCAGAUAUUGAAAAUGUCUCCCUGCCUGUUCAUCCUUCUGUUUCUCACACCUGGUAUUUUAUGCAUUUGUCCUCUCCAAUGUAAAUGCACAGAGAGGCACAGGCAUGUGGAUUGUUCAGGCAGAAACUUGACUACAUUACCAUCUGGACUGCAAGAGAAUAUUAUUCAUUUAAACCUGUCUCAUAACCACUUCACUGAUCUGCAUAACCAGUUAACGCAAUAUACCAAUCUGAGGACCCUGGACAUUUCAAAUAACAGGCUCGAAAGCCUGCCUGCUCAGUUACCUCGGUCUCUCUGGAACGUGUCUGCUGCUAACAACAACAUUAAACUUCUUGACAAAUCUGAUACUGCUUAUCAGUGGAACCUUAAAUAUCUGGAUGUUUCUAAGAAUAUGCUGGAAAAGGUUGUCCUCAUUAAAAAUACAUUAAGAAGCCUUGAGGUUCUCAACCUCAGUAGUAACAAACUUUGGACAGUUCCAACCAACAUGCCUUCCAGAUUACUUAUUGUGGACCUGUCUAAUAAUUCCUUGACCCAAAUCCUUCCAGGAACAUUAAUGAACCUGACAAAUCUCACCCAUCUUUACCUGCACAACAAUAAGUUCACAUUCAUUCCAGAUCAAUCUUUUGAUCAACUCUUUCAGUUGCAAGAGAUAACCCUUUAUAAUAACAGGUGGUCAUGUGACCACAGACAAAACAUUACUUACUUAUUGAAGUGGAUGAUGGAAACAAAAGCCCAUGUGUUAGGGACUCCCUGUUCUAACCAAACAUCACCUCCGCGGGAACAUGACAUAGAUCCCACGCCUGCAGGAUUUACCUCAAGCUUAUUCACCAUGAGUGGCAUGCAGACAGUGGACACCAUUAACUCUCUGAGUAUGGUAACUCAACCUAAAGUAACCAAAAUACCCAAACAAUUUCGAGCAAAGGAAACAACACUUGGUGUCUCACUAAACAAAGACAGCACCUUCACUAGCACUGAUAAGGCCUUGGUGCCCUAUGCAGAAGAUACAGCCACAGAAAUGAUCAAAUCACACGAAGCAGCAGCUGCGACUCUCACUAUUCAUCUCCAGGAUGGAACGGUUACAAACACAAGCCUCACUAGCUCAACAAGAUCAUCCCCAACACCCCUGACCCUAAGUAUCACUAGUGGCAUGCCAAAUAAUUUCUCUGAAAUGCCUCAACAAAGCACAACCCUUAACUUACGGAGGGAAGAGACUACCACAAACGUAAAGACUCGCUUACCUUCCGUUGCAAGUGCUUGGGAAGUAAAUGCCUCAUUUCUCUUAAUGCUCAAUGCUGUGGUCAUUCUGGCUGUCUGA